UUAUAAUCACUUACUGAUCGAUUGAUCAAUAAUACAGCUGAUUCGGUCCUGUACGGGCCUAUUAUCGAUGUGUUCUUGAACGCAUCUCAUAGUGGAGUCAUCGUCAGCGCAUGCGCCGUCCGUUCUCUUCCUGGAUUUUUCCGGACAGUAAACAGCGGCUUCAGUGGAUUCUCCCUCAGUUCGGGUUUGAUCGGGUUCCGGUGUGGCAUAAAAUACGGACGUCUGUCUCCACGCGACCGUUUUUGUCCAUGCGCGCUCCCGUGUGCGCGGCUCUGCUGCUGGUCUGCGUGUUGAACCAUGGGACCCGGGCUCAUCAGUUCACAGAGGACGAGAUGGACCAGAUCAGACACCGCAUCAAGUCCAUGUUCUACCACGCCUACAACAGUUACCUAGACAACGCCUUCCCUUAUGAUGAGCUCCGGCCACUAACCUGUGACGGACAGGACACCUGGGGCAGUUUCUCUCUGACGCUGAUCGAUGCUCUGGACACUCUCCAGGUGUUGGAAAAUCGGACAGAGUUUCAGCGAGUGGCGUCUCUGCUCCAGGACACGGACUUUGACAUUGACGUCAACGCCUCUGUGUUUGAAACCAAUAUACGAGUGAUAGGUGGGCUGCUCUCUGCUCACCUGUUGGCAGGUCGAGCCGGCAUGGACCUGGAACCUGGUUGGCCAUGUUCUGGACCAUUACUGAGGAUGGCAGAGGACGCAGCCAGGAAACUCCUACCAGCGUUCCAGACUCCCACUGGGAUGCGUACGGAAACCGUCAACCUGCUGCGCGGCGUCAGUCCCACUGAGACCCCCGUCACCUUCACCGCCGGAGUGGGAACCUUCAUCCUGGAGUUCGGCGCUCUGAGCCGACUGACCGGAGACCCGGUGUUCGAGGACGCCGCCCGCCAAGCCCUGAGGGCCCUGUGGAAGACCCGCUCCGACAUCGGACUGGUGGGGAACCACAUCGACAUCUCGUCUAAGAAGUGGGUGGCCCAGGACGCGGGCAUCGGGGCGGGCGUGGACUCGUACUUCGAGUACCUGGUCAAAGGAGCCGUGAUGCUGCAGGAUGAGGAGCUGCUCAACAUGUUCUUAGAGUACGACCGCGCCAUCCAGAACUACACCCGCUUUGACGACUGGUACCUGUGGGUCCACAUGCACAAAGGGACCGUGUCCAUGCCAGUCUUCCAGUCUCUGGAGGCGUUCUGGCCCGGUCUCCAGUCUCUGCUGGGGAACCUGGACAGCGCUACCAGAACUUUCCAGAACUACUACUCGGUGUGGAGGCAGUUCGGAGGCCUUCCUGAGUUCUACAGCAUCCCUCAGGGCUACACUGUGGAUAAGAGGGAGGGCUACCCCCUGAGACCAGAGUUAAUAGAAAGUGCCAUGUACCUGUUCAGAGCCACAGGUGAUCACACCUACCUCCAACUGGGCAAGGACGCCCUCGAGUCCAUUGAGAAGAUCACCAAGACCCCCUGUGGAUACGCCAGUGUUAAAGACCUGCGCGACCACCAGCUUGACAACAGGAUGGAGUCUUUCUUCCUCGCCGAAACCAUUAAGUAUCUCUACCUGCUGUUUGACCCCACCCACUUCCUGCAUGGGGGGGCCAUGGAGGGGGAGGGGUCAUGGGAGGAAGGUGGCGAGGGCGGUCAGUGUGUUUUAGGGGCGGGGGGCUUCAUCUUCAACACCGAGGCCCACCCUCUGGACCCUGCGGCCCUGUACUGCUGCAGCCGUCACAAUCAAGACCGGCACGAGCUCCGACACAUCCUGCUCAGCCUAUCGCAGCCUGGACGGCCCGUAGCCCCUCCCCCUGCACAGACAGAAGGCCCUCCCCUUGGCCAAUCAGAGAGCGUCGCCCUGAAACCAGGAGACAAGAAGAGUGCCCCCCUGCUUUCGUGUCCCGUUCAGCCAUUCAGCGCUCGGCUCUCAGUCCUUGGACAAGUUUUCACCGAGAGCACGUGAGACCUAGCGACCAGGUUCAGGUGUCUGGGUCAGGCACCCGAGUUCGGGUGUCCGGGGUGAGGUGGUCAGGGUCAGGUUAUCAGGAUCAGGCAUCCAGGGUCAGGCGUCUGGGGGUCAAGUAGUUGGGGUCAGGUUUCUGGGGUCAGGUGUCCAGGUUCUGGCAUCCAGGGUCAGGUGUCAAGGGUCAGGCACCCGGGUUCAGGUGUCUUGGUUUUGGUAUCCAGGGUCAGGCAUCCAGGUUCAGGUGCCUGGGUUCAGGUGCCUUGGUUCUGGUGUCCAGGGUCAGGUGUCCGGGUUCAGGUGCCUGGUUCAGGUGCCCGGGUUCAGAUGUCCAGGGUCAGGCAUACAGGGUCAGACGUCUGGGUUCUGGCAUCCAGGGUCCAGGGUCCGGGUUGAGGUGGCCGGGUUCAGGUUUUCUCAGGGUCCGUUUAUGAAACAACAUUCUCUGGUGUUCCAUGUAAAUGUCAAACCACUGUUUCUUGAGAUUAAAGCAGAUUUUUGUUCAUGAGUAAAAGUUGAAGAAACUAAACUUGAAUUUUGUGUCUGA